GGAUGCAAUGGCCGCGACGGCGGCGCUGCGGCUGGGGUCGCGGUUCGCGUGCGUGGGGCGGGCCCCGGCCCGCGCUGCCUGGAGGAGCGUCCUUGGGGUUCUCCCUCGCCCAGGAGUGGCCUGGAGGCCAAGCAGAUGUGGCAGUUCUGCAGCAGAAGCACGUGCCCCAAAAGUGGAAGAGGACUCGUUUCUCCAGUGGUUCCUGCUUCUCAUUCCUGUGACUGCCUUUGGCUUGGGGACAUGGCAGGUCCAGCGUCGGAAAUGGAAGCUGAAACUGAUCGCAGAAUUAGAGUCUAGAGUUCUGGCAGAGCCUAUCCCUCUGCCAACAGACCCAAUGGAACUGAAGGCACUGGAGUAUAGGCCAGUAAGAGUCAGAGGGCAUUUUGACCACUCCAAGGAGCUCUACAUGAUGCCUCGGACCAUGGUAGACCCUGCCCGGGAGGCUCGAGAGGCUGGCCGAAUCUCCUCCUCAGCUGAGAGUGGGGCCUAUGUCAUCACUCCCUUCCAUUGCACUGACCUGGGAGCCACAAUCCUGGUCAAUAGAGGGUUUGUUCCCAGGAGGAAGGUGAAUCCUGACACCCGGCAGAAAGGCCAGAUUGAGGGAGAAGUGGACCUAGUUGGGAUGGUAAGGCUGACAGAAACCAGGAAGCCUUUUGUCCCCGAAAAUAAUCCAGAGAAGAACCAUUGGCAUUAUCGAGACCUGGAGGCCAUGGCCAAGAUGACAGGCGCGGACCCCAUUUUCAUUGAUGCCAAUUUCCGACCAGAUUGCGAGGAGUCUGUCUCCGCAGAGAGCACAGUCCCCGGAGGGCCCAUUGGCGGGCAGACUAGAGUCACCCUGAGGAACGAGCACCUGCAGUAUAUCCUUACCUGGUACGGACUCUGUGCAGCCACCUCAUACCUGUGGAUUAAGAAAUUUCUCUAUCGGACACCUGGCAUGUGAUGACUUGGCCUUGUACAUAGAUAAUUAGGAAGUUGCUAAACAGGCGAAAGCAGGUUGAUCUUACUAGAUCGCGUACCACUGAUGAAGCCCUGACUUCUUCCUGACUUAACAGAUGACUGAUCGACUAUAAGAUCCUGGUUUUGUUUCAAAGCCUGUCUCAAAAAUUCUAAAAUGGCUUGGUCAAAACCUGACUGGCUCUACAAAAAUAAAUGGUGGUGUGCACUUGUUAAUCA